AUGCCGCUGCAUUCGCCCCGCCCGUCGCAUUCAGCCCGUUCGACGACGGCGGCGCGUGUAGCAACCCUCGUUCUAGCGCUCGCGCACGUGUCGCUGCGCGCCGGCGCGUCGAUACAGGACCUCGUGGCGGCGGCCGGCACGGGGUCGCAGGGGUUCGGGUUCACGGGGAAAGCCACAGCCACGUACUACGGCGGCGGGCUCGACGGUACGUGUGCGAGGAAUGUGAGGAGAAUGCUUUUGCAGCAUCCCAAUUGCUACGCAGGCGGACUCGACGGUACAGUCCGGUGUGUGGAUAGCCCCUAUUGCAAGAAGGGCGUGAGCGUGACGGUGACCAUCACGGACCAGUGCCCUGCGGGAGGGGGAUGGGGCUGCCCCACGUGUGUGCACUUCGACCUCAAUAUGGCAUCCUUUAACCUUAUCGCCGAGCAAGUGGCGGGGCACAUACCCCUCGUGUAUACCAGGGUGCCCUGUGCCUUCAACCGCAACAUACGCCUCACGCCCACCGGAUCUGACUUCUGGAUCAACCUGCUCGUGCCACCGGUUCCAUGUGCUUUCAGCCGCAACAUCCGCCUCACGCCCACCGGUUCCGAUUUCUGGAUCAACCUGCUUGUGCGCAACGUGGCGGGCCCCGGUGACCUGGCAUCCGUCCACGUGGCAGAGGCUGGAUCCGCCACGUGGAAGCCCAUGGACCACGACUGGGGCGCCGUGUGGGUGCACCGAACGUACCUCAAGUCGCCUCUUAGGUUCCGACUUACCUCUUUAAUGGACGGGCAGGUGGUGGAAACACCUGGCCCGUGUCUCCCUGCGGGGUGGGUAGCAGGGAAAGACUAUGACUGUCAGGUGCAGUUUUCUGGAGGAGGUGGGGGAGAGGGAGGAGGGGGAGGAGGGGGAGGAGUGGGAGGAGGGGGAGGAGGGGGGAGUGGGGGCGGCUGGGGAAGUGGCGGAGGUGGGGGGAAUGGAGGCAGGGGCAACAGCACAGGGGGGAACAACGGGUGGAGUGGCGGAGGGGAGAGUGAAGGGAAUUCAGGAAUUCUCCCACCUAAGAACAGGAAGACCCCCUCUCCUAAGUCCCCUCCUCCUAAAACUGCUACUCCUCCUAAGAAGGUCCCUCCAGGUUCAGGCCAGCCGAAUAAAGGUAGCUUGAAAAAGGGCCCUCCUUCUUCCGGGCAGUCGAAUAAAGGAAAGGUUUCCCCUCCUUCCGGGCAGCCGAAUAAUGGGAACUUCAAGAGGAUCCCUCCGCCUUCAGAGCAGCCAAAUAAAGUAGCGGUGGCGGAGGUGCAGCUAACGGAGGGAAUGGGGCAUCAGCAGGUGGAGGGCUUACAACGAGGAGUUCAUUACAGCAUCAUCUGCUUAGGAUAA